AUGAAGGGACAGUUUGCUAUCAUUGCCAUGGCCGCCGUUGCCUCUGCCAGCGGUACCAACACCAAGGCCAUGGCUCCUCUUGAGUCUCUCCAACCGCUUUGCCAACAACGAGAACGGCUUCACUCUGUCCAUGUCUACCAAUGGCGAGCCCCAGCUCUCCAGCAACGAAGACGACGAGGCCAACCCCGACAGCAUCUACAACAAAAAGUCGUGCACCAAGCCUCCCAUCUGAGGCCCCAACCUGUUCUCGAGCUCAAGGCCAAGAAGAUGAAGAAGUUCUUCGGCGCCUCUGACCGCAAGACCCGCAUGAUGGUCUCUGAGAACUUCAAGAAGAUUGCCAACGAGUGCGGCAUGCCCCACCGCGGCUACCUCGAGAUUGCCUGCAACAACGACAAGUUCUGUGGCGGCGACGAGAACGGUUUCGGUAUGUGGAAGUUCAAGAUUGACAAGAAGACCAACGCUGCCACCGCCCUCAUCUGUCCUGCCACCCUUGCCGUCACCAACUACAAGGACAUGCACUGCAAGAAGAACAAGACCUGGUCCAGCGCCUCGCUCUUCGGUGCUCUUGCUGGCGCCACUCCCCAGGUUGCCGACCUCAAGUGGGACUCUGACAACAAGGCCAAGAAGGUCUCCUCCUACUGGAUGGCCCUUGAGAAGCUCAAGUGCCACAAGCUCAAGGAGACUGGCAAGGGCUGGCAGACUGCCCAGGAGGGCGACGAGGGCGAAGACGAGAACGACAAUGACAACGACAGCGAGGGCGGUGAGGAUGGUGAGGAGAACGAUCUCCUUGCUCGCUACUUCUUAGUGCCUCGAACCGGUCAACAACUUUCUUUAUGA